AUCACGCUCUAAAUAGACGUUAUUCAGUCACUAGUAAUUACUACUAGGAGCAAAACAUUCGACCAUAAAAGCGUCAAGUGUUUUUCAAGUUAUGUUGCUGUCUUGCUCUUGGUUACCGCCAGUUACCAGUUGCCAGACAUAAACAUGUUUUCAAAGAGUGUAGUCGUGUGCUGCUUGCUGGCGUUGUCCGCUGCCACUGAUGUUUUACAAUGUCCUGGUAAAAACACAGAAAAUCUGAAGGAAAACGUGCAACUAUCGCCAUGCAAAAAAUCGCCUUGUAAAUUGAAAAAGGGAACAGAUCAGCACAUUACUAUUACUUUCACUCCCAACGAGGACGUUGCCGAGUUAAAUAACCAUGUGGUAGCUGACGUGUUCGGUGUGUCUUUACCGUUCGUAGGCGUGGAUGGGAACAGUGUUUGCGACAAGAUAUCAACAGCGGACGGACAGAAGGCGCCAUGUCCACUCAAAGCCGGAGUAAAAUACACGUAUAAAGACACAUUUCCCAUUCUCGACUUCUACCCCAAUAUAGAGGUCAAAGUUCACUGGGCCCUAAUGAGUCCUAAGAGCGAAAUUAUUUGUUUCGAAACGCCUGUUAAAAUAGUCUCUAAGAAGUGAGCUAAUCGGAUAUGAUCGGCUGUGGAAUUCUAGGAAUUCUUAAUAAGAAACGCAGUUCAGCAGUUCGAUUAACUUUAGAACUUAAUCUUUUGAACUGUAGAUUUUGUACUUGUUUUUAGUUCAAUAAAGAAAUUGCAAUUCUUAUACAA